AUGAAAAAAAUUAUUAAAUACAUAAAAGAAGAUGUAGAGGUAGUGGGUGAGCGACAUGCAACAAAUGUAGAAGAUGCCAUUGCAUUUGAAGAGGAACCAUUCCUUCUCCCUGUUAAAACUGAAGAUGAGUUAAAUACUGUAGAAAAAGAAUUAUCCAAUCCCAUGAACGUAAAAAAAUUGAUAAAGUCUUUGGUACAUCUGGCGCCGGGAAAAUCUGUUCCGCAAACAGUUGGUGCAAUCAUGUCUAGAUCAAUAUCAAAUGAACUUGCAAGCACAUAUAGUUGGAAAGGUCAAAAGAAAAAGAGUGCUUUCCAACAAAAGGAAUUGGCAAAAGCCAUAGUUGCCUCGGUGGCAACAAAAUAUCCUCAAGAAGCAAGACAAGAGAUUAUUAAAUCUAUUCAAUUGUGGUUGGCGCAAUCAACGUCUCGCUUAAAAAGAGCUCAACAAGCUGCAGAAAAGGCUAGGGAAGAAAUUUGAAUACCUGCUAAAUUAUUACAAACAAUCUCUUAUAUAUAUUUUGUAUUAUUUUUUACAGUGAAGCAGAGACAUAUUUUCAAGGAAGUCAUUGUAACGUAA